AUGAUCUCUUCUUUUUGCUAUUAGGUUUGUAUAUGGAAAACCAGAUGUUCCAAAAGCUUCUACAGAAAUUGCAGCUAUAGUACAUGCAGAGAUAGCAGAUUUUGAGAGAGAUGGGGAAUGGGAUGCUGCUCUGGAAAUGGUGGUCGAGGGAGGAGAUCCAAAAGCUAGGUCAUUGCCUGUCAACAACUGAUAUUGAUUUCGUCGCAGCCUUGAGAUAAUCAAGGGUGAUAGCUCAGACAUCUCCAUCAUAUGUGCUCACGUUUCUUGAUUGUAUUUCUUGGUAUGGCAGUCUACUGGAUCACCUCCAUCUGCCUUUCACAUACCAUAUGAUUCUUUCAAACAACAAUUUGAUUCAAGUGGAACAAAUGAUUCUCACAACUUGAACCCUUCUCGUGUUGUACCUGAGAAAGUUACCGCAAAGGAAUUGGACUGAGUUCAUUUGUUUUUUCCUUUCAAGCCCCAGACUUGAUCUGUAUAGAUUAAUUGACUUAAGGUGUGAAGAAUGCUUACAGGCAACCUGAGACUUAAUUGUAUAGUUUUAGGAACAGAUGGGAUCUUGUCUGAAGCUAGAUGGCUUCUUGAUCUUGGGCUUAGUCCAAAUUCAAACUCAGCAACUCAAGCAAUUGGUUACAGACAUGUCUUGAUGUUAGCUCGGAUGUGUCAACUGGAGAACAAAAUAGUUGCUGUUGGAGAACCUUCUUAUCGUACUCGUAGAAGUAGAAUCAAAAGGGUGCGAGAAGGCUUUGAGAAUUCCCUCGAGGGAAGGAUUGAACUUAUUGACGGUUAUGCAAGAACCUCUUCAAUGAUUGAAAUUGAGGUGGAAAUGGACUCUGAUGUCCUUGCUGCUGAAUCAGCAAGAACUGCAGAAACCAUGUCAGAACAGAUACAACAAAUCAUGGAACUGGAGAAUCUUGAAGAGAAGUGGAGGUUCCAAGCUGAAGCAAACGACGAGGCUGAAAGACUCCUUAGUUCACAACCUAUGCUAUCGCCAGCAGAAGAGAUCAAUAUGAAUGAUCUGUAAUUCAUUUGAUUCAAGAAUAGCAUGGUUUAACAUCACCAUCAUGUGGUCGUGGGGGAUGACAUGCUUUAUUCAAAGCGAAAAUUGGAGCAUCUAAUUAUCCAUCCUCUUGGAAGCAAAUUUAAUUUGGGUAGAAGAACUUUGGCAAUGACUAAAUUACCUUGGGACGCAAUGCAAUCUGUUUGCACAAACUGAAGAAACAGAGCUGCUCGCA